AGCUUGCAGGCAGCAGGCGUCCAGAUCUCCGGGUUUCGGAUAACGAGCGGAAACGCCUCCAGUUUUCAAAACAAAGAGGAGACUCGGGAGGCGUGUGAGGCGCGCAGGGCUCAGAUUGGUCCCUCCCGCCCUGUCGCUUCAGCAUCAUUGGGUGACAAUGGAGGGGAGCCCGGGAAUCGGCUGGCGCUCGGGGUCCGACGGUUCGCGGGCGCCUCCGAAGAUCCCGCCGGCCAUGGAGGAGCUGCAGAGCCGCUUGCAGGAGACCCUGGACCUUCUGUCCUCGCAGGAGCUGCGCAGCUUCCGCGACCACCUCAGGAAGGUGGAGCCGCGCGUGAGCCAGGUGAAGCUGGAGCUGGAGGGCCGCAGCCCGUCGGAGCUGGCCAGGCUCCUCGCCAAGCAGUACUACCCGCCGGCCGCCGCCAAGCGCGUCCUCGUCCAGGUGCUGGAGCAGCUGCCCCGCGCCGACCUGCUGCCGCGCUGGCAGAGCGCCGCCGCCGACGGCCCGGUGAUUCCACGAAAGAUUCCAAAGAGAAGCUAUGACUGUGUGGAAGGUGAAUUGGACCAUUAUGACCUGAGUGGCAGGCGGAAGGCCUUCCUCAUGUGUGUGAAGAGGAACAGGCUGGGCGCUCACCAGGAUGUCCUACUGAUGGAGGACUGGCUUGGCCAGUGCCAGUUCGAAAAUACGUUGUGCAUCGAUCCCGACAAAAUGGAGUUACUUGGAAAAAUAACAUCAUUUCGAGAUGGACUAAAUGAAAUUAAAGAUGACAUUGGCUGUUGCCUUGUUGCUCUUAUGUCCCACGGAGAAGAAGGCUUUAUCAGAAUGAAAGAUGGUGAAAAAGUCAGCCUGGAAGGCAUUUUUGAAAUGUUUAACAAUAAAAAUUGUCCAGCACUUCAAGAGAAACCAAAAAUCUUUAUAAUCCAGGCCUGCAGAGGAGAGAGAAGAGACAGUGGUGUUGAAACGGAUGAUGAACCCAUGGACUCGGAUGACGGAUCAGAGAAGAGGAGGCUGCCUACAUUCAGUGAUUAUUUCAUCAUCUAUCCCACCCAGGCAGAUCAUGUGGCUUUACGGGACCCCCGCACGGGCUCUGUGAUGAUCAAAGCAAUGACUGAAGUCUUUAAACAGUAUGGAAAUAAGUGGCACAUUGCUGACUUCUUCACCAAAGUGAAUAACAGAGUGGUGCACCGUGAAUUUAAUCUUCGUAAUGAACCAAUAAAAGUAUCACUUGUAAUGGAGUCAACUUUAACUAAAUUUGUAUACUUUUGACAUCAGGAAGAUUAAAAAAACAAGGACUGCUUUACAAUAGAAUUUGAAAAGAGCUGUGAGCAUUUGUAGCAUUGUACUAAUGGUUACCAUUUUGCAUUAUUUUUGUCAUUGGUUGUAUGUGUCCAAUUUGUUUUGUAUAUAUAUAUAUAUAUAUAUAUAUAUAUUAUUUUUCUAAGAUUUAACUAUGCUUACUUGAUACUUGUAAAUAAUUUGACUUUUUUUUUUUAAAGAUCAUUGUUUUCUGAAAAAAAACGUUUUCCUGAACCGUUACCAAAACAUGGACGUCCAGCUCCAUUUGUGUACUGUUUUUAUCCUGUGUUUCUCUUGGUGAUUACACCCUACCUUCUCCACCCUCAGCUUGGUGCUGGUGUUAAACCUCAAUUUCUUGGCUUAGUCAAGAAUUGCCUGUGUGUGGUCUUGUCCUCUGUUUCACCUUAUUUACCCAGAUUGUUUUCUGCAGUCAGUCUGAUCUCCUCUUUGACUCCGUAAGCCAUUCUCAAGUCUUACGUGGAUGUCUCUGUGCCCUUGAUGCUGUCAUGUGUUCCACCUUCCAUCCAUUUCCCCGCUUCCUCCUUGCUGCCUCAUACCUUUGAACUGCUGUUUACUCCACCUGGAACCCUCUGUUCCACCCCACAUAGGUAAGUCCUUUCCAUCCUUCAGAGUUUGGUUCAAGCAUCACGUGCACAGCCCCUCAUGCUAGGUCAGCUUCUUCUAAGUGCUCAGAUACCCUCUGCUUCUCUUCUGUAGCAUUGAAAUGACUGUCUAGUGGCUGUUUAAUCUCUCUCUCCAGUUCAGUCGUAAGACCCAAGAGGCAGAGGCUGUGUGUCUCAUUCAUGGCUGCAUCCUAGCUUCCAUCCGUGCCUUAGGACACAGAGAAGCCAUGCAAUGAGCGUUGAGUGAGUGACUGAUCCCUGUCUUUUAAUUAUUUUAUCCAUCCCUCAGACCUCUGUGCAUAUCUAGCCACUUGCUACUUAUCCCCACACACGUGGAUGUCUCAUGGCUACUUUAACUCAACAAGUUGGACGUUAACCUGGGUUUCCCCUAAAUCUCUUUAUAAAACCCAUCCCAUUGUUAAUAAUCCUUUGACUCCCCACUGCCUGCUGGAUAUACCCCAAAAUCCCGUAGGAGAAUAUUGCAAGUCUUUCUCCAUCAGGCUUAAUCUACACUACUCUUUUACUGCCUGUUUGUCCUCGUAGUUCGCCCUUCCCUUAAUAAUCCUGUCUCACAGAAUCGGGCUAGUGGAUCAAUGACUGUGGAUAAACACUCUUGGAUAUGUUAUCAUAUCAUAGUUCAAUCUCUCCUUUCUGUCUGAAAUGCCCUUCAUUCUCACUCUGUGCUUCCUCUAUACUGUGUAUUCUUUAGGGUGCAACUUGGGUCCCCUCCCACUAUAAAGUAAAGCUGUAUGUAGACUAGUGUUUUUAGAGUAACAAACUGUGGACUGAGCAUGACUGAUGGGCCUGUACGAGGAUGCAGGUGUUUGGUCAGAAUGCUGUGAAGACUGAGAGCCAAACUGACUGAAGCAAUCCAGAAUCUCCAGACCUGUCUCCAUUUCAGGGAUAAUUGUGUCCUUUUUAGUUAAUGUGAUUUCUUAAGUAUAAAUACAUGUGAUUUAAUUUUUAAGCUUUUGAGUUCUGAUAUUUGAUAUAUAGUUUUGUUUUUGUAUAGAGCAUUAAAAUGUCUCUGGUUCAUAAAAUA